AGCUACGACAGCACGCUAAAACAGACUUCAAGAGAUUAUGUCCUUCAAAAUUAUAUUUCUUUUCUUAGGAGCCAUUUGUACCUGUGCACAAAGAAGUCAUAAACUUUGUCACACCUAUGGAUGCUUUAACUCGAGUGAUACUCAGCUCUGUGUGACACUGGAUGGUGACGAAGUUUACUAUGCAAACUUUACCAAAGAAGAUGUCAUUUGGGAUAGCAGAAUCCCACUUGCUCUCCAUGUUUCCAAGGCUUAUGAAUUUGCAGUAUAUUACAGAUCUUUAUGCAAACACAAUUUGAUAACCUGGAAACAGGACGAAUCAAUUUCAUCAAUGGACGCAGAGAAACCAGAAAUCAUCAUCUACCCAAGAGAUGAAGUGAUAAAAGAGGAAGAGAAUACCCUCAUCUGCUUCAUCAACCAUUUCUUCCCUCCCACCAUCAAAAUAAAGUGGACCAAAAAUGAUUUGGAAGUAUCAUUGGAAGAUCCUUUCAUCAAAUGCAUACCAAAUCCUGAUGGGACAUUUUAUGUUUUGUCCAUACUGUCCUUUGUCCCAAACGAAGGAGAUAUCUACGGCUGCACUGUGGAACAUGCGUCACUGGACGAGCCUCAGACCAAGUUUUGGGAGGUGGAUACAAGUGUUUUGACUACAGAGACCAGUGUUGGUCCGAUUGUCUUUUUUGGAUUUGCCUCAAGUUUCGGCCUUCUUGGAGUUGCUACAGGGACUGUCUUCUUUGUUAAAGGAAGACAGUUUGAAUCAAGCUGAGAGAAUCUUGUAAUUCACUGAGUUAAUAUUCUACUACUAAGCAAUGUAAAGGGAUUUUAACUUUACUUUUACAUGUAACAUGGGAUUCAGAUACAGUUGGGACAUGUAUUUCAUUGUCUCAUGAUGGCACACCUUAAGGG